AUGACCACGAUCGGAGUCUUCCCCGCCGCCGGCGCCCUGGGCACCAGCACCGUCAACCACCUCGUCAAGCUCGUCCCGGCGUCCGACUUGAUCCUCGUGGCGCGGAAGCCGGACAACGACCGCCUGGCCGAGCUGGCCCGCGCGGGGGCGACCGUCCGCCGGGCCGACUACGAGGAGCCGAGCACCCUGGACCGCGUCUUCGACGGGGUCGAUGUGCUGCUGUUGAUCUCCUAUGCGUCGAUUGAGAUCCAGUUUCGGUUCGAGGCACAUAAACACGCCAUCGACGCGGCGCGCCGCAGCGGCGUGAAGCACAUCUUCUACUCGUCGCUCGGGUUUGCCGGGGAUCUGGAGAAGAGCAGCGUGGCGCACGUGAUGAAGGCGCACCUCAAGACGGAACGGUAUCUGGCGGAGUUGCAGUCCUCGUCAUCUAGUACUCAAUCUACCUAUACGGCGGUGCGGGAGGGGAUCUACUCGGAGUCGUUCCCGAUCUACACGAGCUGGCUCGACCUCCACCACCCGGCGGACGAGGUGGCCAUCCCGCAUGCCGGGGACGGGCCCGGGGUGACCUGGGUGAAGCGCGACGAGUUGGGCGAAGCCACGGCGAAGCUCAUUGUCGAUUACACGAAAAACCCGCGCGAGUUCCCGUACGUGAACCGCGUGCUGCUGCUCACGGGCCCGCGGGAGGUCUCGCUGCGGGAGACGGUCGAGAUCCUGGGUCGGGUGAUCGGGAAACCCCUCAAGAUCCGGGAGAUCUCCAUGGAUGACUUUGUCAAGCUGCCGCAGCAUGGGAAGAAGUUCUUCUACCAUGGGAUUGAUUUGACGAGGGAGUGGGCCACGGCGUGGGAUGCCAUUCGGCGCGGGGAGACGGCGGUCGUGUCGCCGCUCCUGGGCCAAAUCCUGGGUCGCGAGCCGGAGAGCUUCGAAACCACGAUCCAGGCAUUGUAUAAUAGUGGCGAGUCGCUGGCUGGACGCAGAUACUAG